AUGAAAGCAGCAAUUGUUGAGAGAGGAUUAGGGAAUGUUGAGGAGGAGAGGAAAUUGCUUGAUGAAGGAUUAAAGAAAUUUCCUUCGUUCUUUAAAUUGUGGUUGAUGCUUGGACAGCUAGAGGAACGGCUUGAUCGUUUGGAAAAAGCCAAGGAGGCCUAUGACUUGGGCCUGAAGCACUGCCCCAAUUCUAUACCGCUCUGGCUUUCUCUUGUUAAUCUUGAAGAGAAUUUGAAUGGGGUGACUAGUGCUCGUGCAGUCCUCACACUAUCCAGGAACGAAAAUCCUCACAACCCUCAACUAUGGCUUGCUGCAACUCGAACUGAAUUGAGGCAUGGUAAUAACAAGGAAGCUGAUAUUUUGAUGGCGAAGGCUUUGCACGAGUGUCCCAAUAGUGGUAUCUUGUGGGCAGCAUAUAUUGAGAGUAUGGUACCCCUACCCCUUUCUCGAUGGAUGUCCAAGAUUAUGGAUGCCCUCAGGAAAUGUGAUUACGAUCCCCAUGCCAUUGCUGCUGUGGCCAAGUUUUUCUGGCAUCACAGUAAGGUUAAGAAAGCUAGGACUUGGCUCGACAGGGCCAUCACAAUUGCCCCAGAUAUUGGGGAUUUCUGGGCUUCAUACUUCAAAUUUGAACUUCAGCAUGGGACUGAUGAGAACCAGAAGGAUGUUUUGAGAAGAUGCAUUGCUUCACAACCAAAGCAUGGUGAAAAAUGGCAACCUAUUUCCAAGGCCCUGCACAACUCUCACCAACCAACUGAAGCUAUCUUGCAUCAAGUGGUGGCUGUACUCGGCAAGGAAGAGAGCUCGCAGCAGGCAAGGCAGGCGCCCCAAACUGAUAGACUCUAG